UAUUAACAAGUUUCUCUUGUACAUCUUUUCCUCGGAUACUGCUACCUCUUACAGUUUCAAACCAAACCAAACACUAGCUAGCCAUGGUGUUGGUGAUUCCAUGUCUUUCACACUGCCAAAGCUCUCUAGCUUUGCGUGUUUAUGCUCCACCAUCGAGGCAAUUACUACUCUGGACUCUCUCCUCCCAUUCAUUCAAACCAAGAAGGAAGCAUGCCAGGUUUGGUGUCGUGGCAGAUACCAAAUCUGCAUCUUUGCUUGAUCACAAAGAUGGGGAAGAAGAUCACAAGGUUCUUGUGGGUCCUUCCACCGACGAGGAGCGAAGAGGUGAAAGGGUUGUUGCUGACUAUGAUUGGACAGAAGAAUGGUACCCUUUGUACCUCACUCAGAAUGUUCCCGAUGAUGCACCCCUCGGUCUAAAUGUGUUUGACAAACAGCUAGUGUUGUUCAGGGAUGGCAAUGGAAAUUUUCGCUGUUAUGAAGAUCGUUGCCCCCACAGAUUAGCAAAACUAUCCGAAGGCCAGUUGAUUGAUGGAAGGCUCGAGUGCCUAUACCAUGGAUGGCAAUUCGAAGGUGAGGGCAAAUGUGUGAAGAUACCUCAGCUUCCAGCUGAUGCCAAAAUCCCUCGGUCAGCCUGUGUUGCAACAUAUGAGGUAAGGGACUCUCAAGGUGUUAUUUGGGUAUGGAUGUCUAGAAAGACCCCUCCAAAUGUUGGUAAAAUACCUUGGUUUGAGAACUUUGCAAGGCCAGGGUUUCAAGAUGUUUCAACAACUCAUGAACUCCCAUAUGAUCACUCUAUUCUUCUGGAAAACCUGAUGGAUCCUGCUCAUGUCCCAAUCUCACAUGAUAGAACGGAUUGGACUGCAAAAAGAGAGGAUGCACAGCCUCUGUGUUUUGAGGUGACUGAACGAACUGAUAGAGGGUUUGCAGGUUGGUGGGGCAAAGAGAAGGAUGGUUCUAUGUCUAGCUUCUUACGGUUUGAGGCUCCUUGUGUUCUACAAAAUAACAGGGAAAUUGUUGAUAAAAAUGGUGAAAGACACUACUUCAGUGGUCUGUUUCUUUGCAGACCAACUGGGCAAGGGAAAUCCAUGCUGGUAGUGAGAUUUGGAACAACAAAAAGAUCUCCAGUAGCAAAACUGUUUCCUGAAUGGUACUUCCAUCAGAAUGCAAGCAAGGUGUUUGAGCAAGACAUGGGAUUCUUAUCAUCCCAAAACGAAAUUCUUUUGAAAGAGAAGGUUCCAACAAAGGAACUGUACAUGAAUCUAAAGUCAUCAGAUACAUGGGUUGCUGAAUACCGGAAGUGGAUGGACAAAGUGGGGCAUGGGAUGCCAUAUCAUUUUGGUCACAGCACUAUUUCCUUGCCAAAAGAGCCUGCUGUGGUUGAACAUGCACCUGCUGGACUCAUUGCAGGACUAUCAGCUUCCUUACCUGCCAAGGGGGGCAUUGGAACAAUGCAUGCCCCAAAUUUAGCCAAUAGAUAUUUUAGGCAUGUAAUACAUUGCAAAGGAUGUAGAACAGUUGUUAAAGCUUUCCAAGCUUGGAAAAACUCCCUUUCAGCUGUGGCCGUUGCAUUAGCCGCAUUGGCAAUUCUGGUAUCUGGGAGACAAUGGAAAGCACUUCUCUUGGUAUCUGCUUCUCUGUGCUCUGUUGGAGUGUAUGCAUGCUCAACCGCCAUUGCAAUGAAUACAACAAACUUUAUUAGGACACAUAGGAGAUUGUGAGUGACAAGGUGUAUAAAAUAGUCGUUUUCAAACGAACACUCCUAUUUUAUUUAAUGAUUUAUUACAUGGAAGGAUGAUAUCUUCUAGUCU